AUGGCGGUUUGUUUCGAAACUGAGACGUGAGUUGAGCUGCUGAGAGCUUUAUACAUCCAGGAGCGGCUAAACCACCUCAAGGAGUAUGUCCUCUCCAGCUGGACCUCAGUCUAAUUUCCUGUGGCGCUGGACGGCGAGCAGCUCCCGAGCCGGGGUGUUCCUCACCGGUUCUCCAGGAGAAGCAGGCUCUGUCAGGAGCAGCUGCAGCUCUCCAGGUGUAGAAGUGUCUUUAGAGGACUCCUUCAGCGCCCAGUUUGCCCCUUUACCUGUGUCCCGCAGCAGUAGCUGCCUAAGUGUGGACGCCAUCUGUCCUUCAUCGUCCAGCACUGAUCCCUUCUCCGAACCCACCAGCACCAAAGAGGACAUGGGACACCCUGCUGCGAGAAACCCCCAACCACUCAUCGACCGGCUCCGAGAAUUGAAGCUGCUGCAGCAGCGCAUGCAAGAACAACUAAAAGCCCACCAACAGGAGCAGCUGCAAAAACUGAGUGAGCAGUCAAAGCUCAAAGCAGUCAAAGGAAUGGUGCAUGCUGCCACAGGGUAUAAUAAUAUGAAAGAGUCAUGUCUCAAAACUGCUGAGCAGCCUGGGCACUCAGGAACAACAUUUUCACACACAAGAACCAGAGUUUCACCAGUUCAGCGGGUACAUCAGCACCCCAAAGAAGUGAAAAGGACAAUUGAGCAAAGCUUGUUCAAUCAAGAGCCGAGUGUGGACCAGGCUAGUUCUGGACAUGACAGUGACGAAGAUUAUGAUCACAAGGAUGAAGAAUCGCUGCAUUCCGAAGACAAAAGCUUGAGCAGAAAAGACAGUGAAACAAAUUCACAUGACCAGCCGAUCAUGUUAGGUGGAAGUGGAAGGACGUUUGAAGAAAUGUUGGAAGAGCAGCUCAAGCUGGAGAAUGAGAAAAUGAACAAGAUAUCAGAUGCUCCUACUAAUGCACCAAAAGUAAAGAGGCCUUUUCUGAGGCGAGGGGAAGGCUUGGCCAGAUUCAUUAAAGGCUCAAUCAGAGCCAGGCCAACGUGUUCAGGCAUCAAUCCUUCAGCCAUUCAGGGUUCGACCAUCAGAUCCCAACAGAGCUCUGAGCCAAAACGAACUUCCCCUAAUUCUAUAACUUCAACAAACAUUGUAACUCAGCGUAAGACAGCUGUAUUGAACAAAAAUCCCUUUCCCCAGAAGUGUUCAGCACCAAUAACAAAGGCGUUUGCUAAAGCUAAUAUUCAUGGUCACCAGAAUAUCAGAGUAGACGUGCAGGAUGUAAGCUCUGGACCUGUCCAACACCAAAGUAAGAGUAAUAGUAAGCCUGAGGGUCUGAAGGUCCCCUCUGAUAUCAUUGCUGAUACCAGUAGGGGGCCAUCAACACAGUUGCAGAAUACGAAAGCACAAAGUGCUCAAAUUGCAGAGAACUCAUUUGAGGUGUGGCUCAAAGAGCGUGGUGAACACUGGGAUAAAGAUCAGCACCGUGAGUGUGUAGAACUUGGUGAGUUUGAGCUGCUAGAGAGAGCGGCGGAUGAGUUCUCUUUUUCUAGUAACUCCUCUUUCAUCAAAACCCUUUUGAGGAGAGAUGGUAGACGCCUUUCCUCCACUCCUGUUAAAUCGCCACCCAAGUCCUCAUUUCCUAACCAUCAUCUUGACGAAGAUACUGGCCUCGGCAAGGCUCACUGUCCAUCAGUAUCCCCUGUAAAUGAAAUAGCAGUGAUAGAAAAUGCAAACACACAGCCAGAUGAAGUGAUCACUGAGUGUUCUGGAGAUGAAGAAGGAGAAGAGUCUGAUUCCUCACUGUGUAGCACAACGGUUUUUCACCAGCCUGCUAUAGCGCCAAACCUGCAGGGCCCUUUUAGCUUCCAAGUUUCAGCAGUGCCCUAUGAUAAGCGAUCUUAUCAGGAUAGAGAAGGAGCUGGAGGUUCAGAAGAGGAAGAGGAGAGCCACAGAGACUCAACUCUGGUGGAUGCCAGAGGUCAGGUCGAGUUUGAUGAUGACGACACUUGGAACGAGCCGGAGACUUGCAGUCUUGCAGGGAUGGAUGAUCAACCAGAUAAGGUACUAAAGAGGAAGGUUGCAACCUCAAAGGGGGCGGAGCUUGAUCGUUGCUCAAACAGCCCAUUAUACCGUGAGCCAGAGACACCACCAACGUGUCAGUUGGUAGCGAAGAUGUUUCCAGCUUUAAAGCCAAAACCAUGUCCGCCUCCUCCACCAGAACUGCCAGAUUUAGAUGGGCAAAGUGAACAAGAAACAACCAGAUCAACGUUACUCCGUGAGCGCUUGGUGGAACUUGAGACUGAGAUUGAGCGCUUCAAGAAAGAAAAUGCAGUGCUGAAUAGACUCAAGCAGGACAAUCAGGAGCUUCAAGACAAAUUGCGGAAGGACAGAGCAGAAUUCGAAAAGAACAUGGCAGAUGAACUCGCCAAAUGGGAGGAGUUGAAGCGUGAGGAAGGCCGGAAGCUGCAACGUGAAAAGAAGCUGGUUGAGAAACAUGCUGCAGCUGCAAGGGCAAGACCUGACAAACAGGAACGAGAUGAGAUACAGUCUUUAAAACAGCAGCUAAAAACUCUCCAGGAGGAUUUAAGAAAACGAGAGGCUCGGUGGACCAACACACACAGACGUCUCAGGCAGCAGAUGGACACCCUCAGUGCAGAGAACGGUACUCUACGAGACCAGGUCAGGACGCUGGAAAAACUUCGCCUCAAUACCUGGAAAAAAGAGUCUGAAUGCGAGAAAGAAAGAACAAGGUCUUGUGGAUCCAGCAAUAGCACUAACAUCAAGACAACAAAAUCCAAGAGCCCGUCCUCCAGCAGCCCACCUGAAAACAGCAAGAAGAUGGAAAGCCUACAGGCUCAAAAUCCUACCAAAAUUCCAGCCAUGUUCUCAAGCACCACAUAUCCUACAGACUUGCAAAAGGAGCCUUGCCCAGUAGCUGGUCCACACCACAUCUCAGACAGUUUAGUUGUGUCUGAGGCAAAGAUCCAAGAUCCUCAGCUGAUCGAAAACACCACACUCUCAGUGUUGAAAAUUGACAGUUCCAGGGACAUCACCAGAAAAUCUGAACUUGAAGAGGAAGAAAUCACACAUACAGAUGGCAAGAUUGAAAAGACGUUGCCUGAUGGAGGACGACUUACAGUUUUCCCCAACGGCACACGGAAAGAAGUGUCUGCCGACGGACUGUCAGUCAGAGUCACUUUUUUCAAUGGAGACAUCAAGCAGAUAUUGCCAGAUCAAAGAGUGAUUUACUAUUAUGCAGAAGCUCAAACCACACACACCACCUACCCUGAUGGCAUGGAAGUGCUCCAAUUUCCAAACAACCAGAUAGAAAAACACUUUAUAGAUGGUCAUAAGGAGAUCAUAUUCCCUGAUCAGACUGUUAAAAAUCUCUAUCCUGAUGGGAGAGAAGAGACUGUACUCGCAGAUGGGACGAUAAUACAGCAAAACCCGGAUGGCACUAAGCAGAUCCAGUUCAACACGGGUCAGCGAGAGCUCCAUACCGCAGAAUUUAAGAGAAGAGAAUACCCUGAUGGCACGGUUAAAACCGUUUACUCGGAUGGACGACAGGAGACUCGGUACCCGACCGGCCGAGUGAGGCUUAAAAAUCCCGAUGGACAUGUCAUCAUGGACGCCAAAGCCUAAGUCCUGAAAAACGCUGAAACGUUGAAGUUUAGUUUGCAGAAAAGAAAAAAGAAUUGUGUUUUAUUGUUUAAUGACCGUUAAUUUAUUUGUAGUGUACAUUUUUGUAAAAUAAAUGUAGUAAUAAUUAAUUGAA